AGCGAUAUAUCGAGGCUACAGUGUACAAGUCUAUAAAUAGACAAUCUAUAAAUAGAUAAUAUGGUUACAAUUCAGGUUACAUGAACCACGGUUGUAAUUAAAGCUGUCUGGGUAAACAUCAUUUAUUUAUUGACAUUUACACAUUUCACAAGUUAUUUUCAUUUUAUUGUUACUAAAGAGGUCAAAUAAACAAUAUUUUCAUAACAAACAAAUCGGUUACAACACCUCUUAUUUUGUAUCAAUUAACCAUAAAUUAUUGCCUUUAUCAUGACCAUGAGGUAUUAAAAACAUAUGUCGCUGGCUGUCAGAACAUGUCAACCUGCAAUUUUUGUUGUUGUUUUGUGUCGCCCAAAAGAAUGUAAUAUUCACUAUAUUUCUGCCGAAGGGACCAGAGUUUAGGUUCGAGAGUUCAAGGGAUCAGUGUUCAAGCGAUCCAAGGUAGAACAAUAUGUGUUAUAUAGGAAUUUUGCCGAUCCGAGUUCGAGCGAGCAAAGUAUAAAUGUACAUGUAUAUGAUAUUUCAUUUGUUUUUUGUUGUUGUUUUUUUUUUUCAUUGGAUCAUUUAUCAUUCUACACAUAUUACAAAAAAAAUUUGAUUCACAAUGAAAGCCUUCUUAUUGUAUGCGCAUAAUUAUGAUACAAUGUUAAGCUUGUUCAUGUUCAUUGUUUAUGUUCCAUUUUCAGGGCAAUAAUAAUUUCAAAAUUAUCAUUUAUGAUAUAUUUUGUAAUCUUCAUUUUCUUUUUUCCAUUCGUCUUCAGGACAAUGAUUAUUUCACAUCAUUUGAUCAAAGCAGACGUCAUUCAUUUAAUAAUUCGCCUGAUCCUGAUCAUUCUAGACACAGGUCGUCACAGUUUGGCAGCACGCCAUAUCUUAAUUUACUUGGCAAGCUUUCACUAACAGAGAUUCCCGGUCACGGUAUUUCCACAGAGAGUAUUAAUAUAGACAGGGAGACAUUGUCGGGAAGGGAGUCUGUGUCAUCAACCCCAGAGGAGCCUCAUCACAGGAGUAUAACACCAUGUGCUAGCAGUGUAAUUGUUAUACAGAACCCUGGACUGAUGGAGGAGCAAGAAAAUAGUCCCAUGACUGAAUCUGUACAUAGUGUUGACAGCAUCUGUAGCGAUGACCCAGAUUUAGUUGACCUUGGAGCAAGCGCUUCAUCUGUAACAUUCCCAAACUUUCUUGUCAGUUAUGUGUACUUGAUGAACUAAGGUGACGAGGUUGAUGAGACGUGGAAACAACACGUGUCAAAGGUCAUCUCAGAGUCAUCUGUGACCAAUACAGUUUACACGUCGCAGAUCUUCCCCAAACUUUACAGGGAGCUGAGAAGAAGACUUGCUACAUUAACUAAAGAUGCUGUGUAUUAUAUUUCCAAAACAGAGGGACUGAAAAACAUCGGAGCUCAAUUAUAUAUCCUUUGUAAAGUUUAGUUUAAGUUUGAUUUGUAGUCACAAACUUGCAUAAGUAUUUAAGAAGCCUCAGCUUUGCAUUUAUUCCUAAAACUAUAAAUAUUGGCAUUUCCCUUGCUGAAUUUGUAUACUUUGCUUGUUUUUGUUACAAUGAAGACUAAAUUUGAAAAUUGUGCUUUUGAGCAAUGUGAACAAUGUAGAUUCGAAUUGGUGUUCACUGCUGUUGCUUCAAAAUUGUGUCAAGAAUUCUUUCAUGUGAAAAAGCUCUUUACCUAGCUUACAGAGGGUUAGUAGGUCUGUGGUUUUCUUUGAAUAGGGCAUCUGGAAAUUUGGAAAGUUACCAUAUGUCCUUUACAUAGUCACUUUGAAUUAAAACUUACAAAACAAACAAAACAGUAUAGGAUCUUCUCAGACUGCAUGGGUAUAUACAGGCUUGUCUCAGUUCAUAUAGGAGGUAUAGGUAAAAUAAUAUUGUUGCAAGUGAUGUAAGCUCUUACCAAAGUUAUUAAUUUUAUUUUGACCUUAACUAAGAUUACUGCAGGCAUUAGAUACCAUGUUCACUCAUCUGGAAUGUCCAUAUUUCUUCAUUGAAACCGAUGUGUUGGUUGGUAGUCGAGUGGUAGACAAACACAAGUAUUGUCUACUAGAGAUGCAGGAAUGUUUUGAGAACUACUGUAUGAGGAAAGACCAAGCUGAACAGAGUUUAGAAGAAAUCAAGGUAUCAAUUAAACAGCAAUCACUUGGUGAUGGUGGAAGCUUUCCUAUACAAUGUAGUGAAGAACAGAAAUUAGAUCUGUGCCAAAAGUUAUAUAAACUAAUUUUCCAACUAGUUAUGCUGUUUGAAAGUAACAUCAAGCUACUAGAUUGUUUCAAACUUGUACAGACAGCCUCACAGGUGAAUGAUAUUUCUGGACAAGUGGAGAGUAUUAAAGGGGAAGUAACUGCUGCCAUGUCAGAAUUAGAGAAUGGUCAGGCAUCACCACUAAAUGUUGACUCCCCUAAACCAGUCACAAAACAAGAUGCAUUCUCCAGUCUUACAGAGUAUAUCAAAAGUCAACAAUACCAAAAAGCAAUUCAGCUUGUCAGAUCUUUCAGGACAAUGUGGCCUGGUGACAUGUUUGGACAAUCACAGGAUGAUGACCUUGUUACCCUGCUCAAUGUGUUUUGUAUUGAAAUGGCUGAAAAGAAAACAGGUGUAUUUGUAUUAACAAAGGUGGAGUUUGACAUUGGUUUGUUAUAUAGCCAGUUAUUGGAUAUUAAUCAACAAAUUAGAAACUGGACUAUACCCUCUCCUCAACAGUCAUGCACAGGAAACAACGAUUUAUUGGACUCCAGUACAUUAUGAUUAUAUGAAUAUUCUGAGUUUAACAAGAAAACUACAAUUGAUUGAACUUGAAUAAAUAAUAAUAGUACAUGUAUUCUGAACAUGAGAGGAAGCUACAAUUUAUUGUUCUCAGUUAUAUUAUGAUACACAAAGUGAUAUGAAUUAUCACACCCAGAUUUGAGAACAUUGUAUAUAGAUAUUAUAUCACAGGAUUAAGUAUAUCACAUUAUCUUAUUAUGGCAUUCAUAUUUCUUGCUUUGUGAGAAUAAAUUAGGAAAGUAAACAUGGCUUACAACACUUUUACAUGUGGAAAAUUGAGUACCGCUCAAGCCGGUGCUAAUGGUCGUGAGAAAGGUAUUGCACUGUUUCAUAAUCCCUUAAUCAAAUCGAGUCUGCAAUCGUCAUGUAAUUUUGUUGUUACUGAUGCUGUGAUUACAUUUUUUGUCCAGAAUUUUUGCAGACAAGGAUUGCUUUUAUUUCAUUGUUAAGUGACUGUUGAAUGUGUAUUAAACUCAGUUGAGAUGUAUAUAUUUUGAGCAUACUAGUAAACACAAGUAUUGUGAGGUGGAAUAGAACAAGAAUGCACCCUUAGAUUGCUAAAUUUGGGACAAUGUUUAAGUGAUAUACAUGUAUCACAUGAUAAUGUGUGAACUAAAAAGAUUUGGUUCACGCCAAGCACAUUCAUAGUUACAGUGCUUUAUUACUUCUAACACGUUUUGUCAGUUAAUUCUUAUGUCACCUAUGCUAGGCUUUAUCUAUAGCGAACAAUCAGGGUACCAUCACAUUUCACAUUUGAUCAAAAUUAAAUUGUUUAUUGUUUACUAUUGUUGAUAUGAUUAAAUGAGAUGUUUUCAUGCAAUUUUCACCAGAGAACAAAAUCAUGUCAUGUAACUUUAUUUGUAAGAAGUGCCAAAUUUGUUGUUGUUCUUCAAAACAUGUUAAUUUUAAACUAGAAAGGUUGUAGACUUUGUUAGAGAAAUAUUUGUUGUGAUAUAUUUGUCACUAUUGUAAAUUAUCAUGGUCAUUGUCAACAUGAUACA